AACCCAGCUGUCUGGUGAAAGCGCUUCCUCAGCACGGUGUCACACAUUUGUUACCUUGUUCGCCAUCACAGUGACUCCCGGAUGAACAAACUGUUGCUGUGGCCUCCAGCGGCCUGUGCCUAUCCAUUAGGCCACUGCCACAGAUGAACACAUCAGCGAUUUGGACAUCAUGCGGGGCAUCGUUCAGUACGUCAUUUGUAGACCGCAGUGCAAAGCAUAGUUGAUAUACGGACAUAACGCAAGGAUCACUUCCUCUUCGUUCUUCACCCUCGGCAUGCUCUCUGCCUUGAAUCGCGCAAAAGUCAUCGUUUCCCAAUUCAACACAAGCGUAACUGCGACAUCAAAUAAGAUCGCCACAUCAUCGAUUGUGACCGCUCGAACAUACACUGCCACGUCGACCGCAGCCAUGACGGACACAUCAACCUAUAAAUUCAACCAUACUAUGCUGAGGGUGAAAGACCCACAGAAAAGUGUUGCAUUCUACAAUCACCUGGGCAUGAGCCUGGUCAAUAAAUUCGACUUCCCAGAGAACAAGUUUGCGCUCUACUUCCUAGCUUUCGACUCGCCCAAGGCCGCCUCGCAUGGCAAGCACUGGACGGACAGGGAGGGGAUCGUAGAAUUGACACACAAUUACGGUACUGAGGACGACCCGAACUACAAGCCGCACAAUGGUAACAAGGAGCCGAAGGGAUUCGGCCACUUGUGUAUCAGUGUGGACAACAUACAGGCGGCCUGCAAGCGCAUCGAGGAUGCUGGCUACCGUUUCCAGAAGAAACUGACAGACGGCCGGAUGCGCCACAUUGCAUUCGCACUUGAUCCUGAUGAUUACUGGGUCGAGAUCAUCUCACAAAAUCCCGUCGAUCAAACAGAGAACGUUACCACAACCGACGUGUCAACCUACAGGGAGAAUCAUUCGAUGAUUCGCAUCAAGGAUCCUGAGGUGUCUCUCAAAUUCUACCAAGACAUCAUGGGCAUGAGGCUCAUGCGGACAAACGAGGCCAAGGAAGCGGGCUUCAACCUUUACUUUCUCGGGUAUGGACCGCCUGCUGGCGAUAAAACUGCGAAUGGCGUCAAUCCAACAGCAGAGCGAGAGGGCUUGCUUGAGCUAACCUGGAAUUAUGGCACGGAGAAGGAAGAGGGCAAGGUCUACCAUGACGGGAACAGCGAACCUCAAGGGUUUGGUCACAUCUGCGUCUCUGUCGAUGAUCUUGAGGCGGCUUGCAAGAGACUCGAGGAGAAGGGUGUCAGCUGGAAGAAGAGACUCACGGAUGGAAGGAUGAAGAAUGUUGCGUUUGUCCUGGACCCUGACGGCUACUGGAUCGAGAUCAUACAGAACGAGCGCUAUGGCAAGCCUCCAGGGCAGUAUUAAGGUUCAUUCGAAAGUUUGUGUCAAAGGCCGAUGGCGUUCAUUGACCAGCCAGUCUUCGCAGCUUGUAAAGCCGUAGUAGAAUAUCGUGAACAACAUCAUUAAGCUGUAUCCUCGUACGGCCAAGACAUAGUCCGUCAUUGGCAACACGACUAUGUGUGUACCAACAAGACGCGCGACUAUUUGCAUUCAUGGAUCGAGGAGGUCACUCUUCGAUGCAUGUUUCAAACCUUUCGUUAUGGC